GUACAGGGACGGGGCGGGGUGCCACAGCAGAGUCCUCCCACCUCGGCCGAGAACCGGGUGGGAGGCUGAUGGUCCUGGAAGUCCGCCACAGGCCAAGGCACUGAGCGAUGACCCGGAUUCGGCAGCGGCAAGGAGUGAAUUAGACACUCAGUGGAAGAUGCUCUGGGGGGGGGGGGGGGCCGGGGUGGUGGUCCGGCCAGCUGGGAGCUGUCAGCAUGGAGGUGCCGGUGAGUUGGGAGGGGGUUGUCAUGGUGCGUGCCCAGUGUGUGCUGACCCUUCAUCAUGGGAGAGCGUCAGGCCCAGGAAACGGUGAAGAGAAGCUCCGAGGGGCCGGCUCCAACAAGGAUGCAUUUCUGGCCAAUCUUAAUGUCGUCUGUACCCCACUUCGGAUUCUUCUGGAGCAGAUUCCAGACAUACCACUUCCUGUUCAAGAAUCUUACCCCUCUUCUUCACCAAUAUGGUUUGUGGACUCCGAUGACCCAAAUCUGACCUCAGUUCUGGAGCGUCUUGAAGAGUCUAAGAACAACAAUUCGCUUCGUCAGCAAUUGAAGUGGUUGAUAUGUGAACUCUGCAGAUUAUAUAACCUUCCUAAGCACCUGGAUGUUGAGAUGCUAGAUCAACCACUACCCACGGGUCAGAAUGGGACAACAGAGGAAGUCACUUCAGAAGAGGAGGAAGAGGAAGAGAUGGCCGAAGAUAUAGAAGACUUAGAUCACUAUGAGAUGAAGGAAGAAGAGCCUAUUAAUGGCAGAAAGUCAGAGGAUGAAGGAAUUGAAAAGGAAAACUUGGCCAUAUUAGAGAAGAUUAGGAAGAGUCAAAGGCAAGACCAUUUAAAUGGUGCGGUGUCUGGGUCAGUGCAAGCUUCAGACAGACUCAUGAAAGAGCUCAGGGACAUUUACAGAUCACAGAGUUACAAGACAGGGAUUUAUUCAGUGGAACUGAUAAAUGACAGUUUAUAUGACUGGCACGUUAAACUGCAGAAGGUUGACCCUGAUAGUCCUUUGCACAGUGAUCUUCAGAUCUUAAAAGAAAAAGAAGGCAUAGAAUAUAUUUUGCUUAACUUCUCUUUUAAGGACAACUUUCCGUUUGAUCCUCCGUUUGUCCGAGUGGUGUUACCCGUUCUCUCAGGAGGGUAUGUGUUGGGUGGAGGAGCAUUGUGUAUGGAACUUCUCACAAAACAGGGCUGGAGCAGUGCCUACUCGAUAGAAUCGGUCAUCAUGCAAAUAAAUGCCACCUUAGUCAAAGGCAAAGCCAGAGUGCAGUUUGGAGCAAAUAAGGCUGGUACACCCCUCCAAAGGAAGAUGGCUAAAUAUGUUGACUGUCAACAUGUGUGGACCAAUGUUGCUUUAAAGAAAAUCUUUCCAACAUGCAGACACAGCUUUGAGUGCCCCAUAACAGCAGUACUGAAGACGUUAGCUAAUAGAUAUUUUAGUGGAUAAUCUGUCAACUGACAUCCAGUAUAAGUUACAGCCUUCUCAUUUUGCUCAUUUUAGAUAUCCUGGACUGAGCAGAGGGGCCUUUCCUGUAUUUCUCCUGAUAAAUACACAUACUGGCCACUCCUUAUCUCUUUUUCUUAAAGUGAAAUCUUUUAGGCAUACAGGGCAGCACCAGGUUACUGAACAGUUGUGACUUUAUGGUAACUUUCCUAUUUUGAGCCCAUGGGUUAUGAGAAUUUGCAAUAUGUUGUUAUAUUUAGAGCCAAUAAAAGUUUAAUCAAUGUUCAGUAUUGGUUUAGAAAAUUUUAGGUCCUCUAAACCAGAUACCUUUGUCAAGUCUAAAACCAUUUUAUGAUACUGCCAAGAUGACAAGCGAUCUAAUUAAAUUGUCAAAAAAAUUUUUAAUGGCUAUGUGAUAUGAACUGUUGUCUGAAGGUCUACUCUUAUUUCCGUGGUGAUGGACCUUUUAGGCAAAGAACGCGAGGCUAUGCCAGCUAAGGCUGUAGGUGUCCUGCCACUGGGGCAGCAGCAGGCCUGCUGGGCUGUCUGCUUCCUGUUGGUUUCGUAUUUCUUAUGAAGACAGCCACAGUACAGAGCUGGAAGCUAUUUAAAAUACUCUCACUUUACAUUUCCAUUUUAUUAACGGGAUGUUGCAAUCAUUUGUAAACUGAUAAAAAACAAUUGGCGUGGAGACAUGAGCAAAAGCUAGAGUUAAGUACAAAAAGAUACCUAAUUUGGAUUUUGCUGUAAGUCAUAAUGAUGGUCUUCACAUCAAAAACUAACAAGAAUUCUGCAUAGAUUAAUUCUUUAUAAGACCCAACUCAAAUCCGUGUACCUCCCAUUGUAUUGACUUACCCAAAUCAGUCAUGUUUGGUUGGAAAUAUUUUCUUAUGCACCCAAGUUUGAUUUAAAAGUAAAUUCUAGUGACUAAGCACUUUUAAAAAGAAACCCAAAAGCACAUUUUCCGCAUGAACCGGUUACAAAGUUCAAGUGUUGAUUAGUGUUCGCUGAAGAUUCGGGUUGUGACUUUGUGAACGUGCCCGGGAGACCUGGCGUUGUCUUCUCACUGCGGGGUCCAGGACGGAUCAGAGUCCUGGCCUUCGGGCCCACUCGUUUACUCAGAGAAAGGCUGGGCUGCCGGUUGCUCAGAUCACAAGUGACGAGGCAGAGUUCUUUAAAGCAUUAACGUUCCUUAGACCUAAGGCUGAAUCUUGAAUACAUUAUUGAAUUCUUUAAUAUCCGGAUGGCUAGCAGGUGGACGGCUGCACAUUUGGCAUGCUUUGUGUUUUGGAUUUUUAUUUUUCAUUGCAGAUUUAUUUGGCAAUGUACAGUAAAUCUUGUAAACUUGCAUCAAGUUUAUGAAUAAAGAACCAUUUAAGA